GGGCCUCACCAUGGAUUUAGGGUGAAGGAUGACUGGUAGUAUCAGGGAGAUAAGUAGAGAGGUGGGCGAUCAAAUACAGACACAAGAUUAGAGGCCAGCGAUGCUGUAUGUGCUGAUAGAGGCAGAGAGGGACCGGCUCAAGAAAAUCCAGAAAGAGCAUGAACUGAGAACAUGGGGAGUUAGGCUUACCCCAGAUGAAGAAGGAGAUGAGGAGACUGAGGAAUCACUCGGUGUGUUGACUCGACAGAAUGCCAAGAAGACUGUUUCUCCCCUCUUCCAGUCCAAGAUACAAGAUGUUGAGUGGUUCUGUUCGAGCCCACAGAAGAAAUUGGCCUGGGCUAAGGCAUCUACAGAUCCUCGGAUUGCUGAAGGCCAGCAGUCACCACUAGAGAAAAGGAUUCUGAAACUAGGAGGUGUGCAUACGAAAGAAGCAAGAAACCUGCUCCUUCAAAAACAACAAGAGGAGUACGACAAGCUCUAUAAAGAGCAGGCGCUUUCCCUUGACUACUGGCUCGCUAAGGCAGAGUCUUACUAUAAUAAAAGAGCACUCGAAAUGAUGAGUGAACAGCAGACAGACGAGGAGAAGGAGGGUACAACAGCCCACCUAACUCAGGGACAAAAGCAGCAAUAUUUUGUCCCCAAGAGAGAGCUGAAGCACAUAGAGAGACAUAUCCAUCGAGCGGGAAGGGGUGGAGAAUCUAAGGGAAGGGACUUAUGGAAACCACUCCAGCCCACCAGGGAAACAACACUCCCAAAGAUUGUACCAGAAGACCCUGGCAUGCAGAAGGCACAGAGAAGGAAGCAGGUAUAUGGAAGGGAAGAGAUGCAAAUUAAAGAUCACCAGGAGCGCAUGAUUCGAGGGCGAGAGCUCCUAGAGCAGAAGCUCAAGGAGAGGAUCUUGGGAAUCACCCAGAGCCCCUCGCCGGCCCACCUGAAGCACGAGAGAGACCAGAAGGAGAUGCAAGUGUUUGAAAGAGUGACCGCAUAUCCGCUCUUUCAGCCAUGCCAAACAAGUCGCAUCCAAGUGAAUGUUCUGAUGGAGAAGCCUCAGAACGAAGAGGAGGAGGGUACCGUUGUAAGACCGUAUACAAAGAAGUUCUUACCCAUGCCGCCCUUUUUGAGAAGCCAAAUAGGAAAAGAGAAGUGUAGUAAAGUCUCAAUGUUUUAUUGA